UUCUCAUGGACCCAGAUAACGCAGUAUCUAGCUCUUUCUGAAGACAUUUGACAAACUCUAAAGACAUUCAACACAAGAUGCCAGAACAGACUGAGCUCAUUCACACCUUCAAUGGCAUUCCAUUUUCUACAAGAGUAUCAAAAAAGCUCCUUCAGUCCCUGGACACCUUUGAAGCCAGAAAAGACGACGUGUUAUUAGUUUCAUAUCCAAAAUCAGGCACGCACUGGCUUGCAGAGAUUAUGAAGAAUCUGUACCACAGCCACAAUGAAGACAGUGGGGUUAGCAAAGUGACACUGACAUCACCUCUGGAGUUCGGAGAUCUCUCCAAAUUCGAUGAGCUGAGAAACCUCCCCAACAAGAGGCUCAUCCCAACACACCUCAACUAUGAGAUGAUCCCAGUGCAGUUCAAAACAAAAAAAUGCAAGAUGAUUUAUGUGAUCAGAAAUCCUAAGGACACCGCUGUUUCAUUGUACCAUUAUUACAAGCAGAACCCCAAUCUGCCCAAGAUUGAGAAAUGGUCCACCUUUUUAGAAAUGUUCUUGAAAGGAGAAGUUGUGUGCGGUUCCUGGAUUGACCAUGUCCUUAGCUGGGAAAAGAGCAAAACUGAUGAAAAUGUCCUUGUUCUGUACUAUGAGUCCUUAAAGCAGGUGAGUUCAAAAUGGAGCACAG